AUGCUCACUUACAACCAGAACGGCACCAGUCGUGGUAUUGCUUCGAUUGUCUUCAGCAGACCUGACACAGCCGCCAAGGCUGCCAAGGAGUUGAAUGGCCUCCUUGUUGAUGGAAGACCCAUGAAGAUUGAAGUAGUGGUUGACGCUUCCCACGCUCCAAGCGUGCCAGCACCCAAGCCUCUUACAGAGCGCGUCGCUCAAGUUAAAUCCCAGCCCAAGCCUGCCACGGCCGCCAAGGCCGCCAACACCACUCGGGGCCGUGGCGCACGCCGUGGCCGCCGUGGUGGUGGCCGCAGCUCAAACCGUCCUAAGCCGAAAACCGUCGAAGAGCUCGAUGCCGAGAUGGUUGACUACUUUGCUAGCAAUGAGAAUGCUGGCCCCGCAGAUGCCAAUGCCCCUGCCGCUGCAAACGGCGCUGUUCAGCAGCCUGCCGCCGGUGGUGAGGAUCUUGGAAUGGCCGAGAUCUCUGUAAGCUUCGCUGAUUUUAAUGCUCACUGGACGCACAGACACUGA